UUCCAUUUCUCGUCCCCAAAUCGGGAGGUGGAAAGGGCGAAACCAUCUCAGACGCAAUGGCAAGUCUUAACUCUAGGAUGGGUUCCAGGAGGGAAAAACCUAGAUCUCGCCAUCAUGGAUUGAACCAACAGAAGAGGCAGGAGAUCAAGGAGGUGUUUGACCUUUUCGAUACCGAUCAAUCUGGCAGCCUUGACGCGAAGGAGUUGAAUGUCGCCAUGAGGGCACUGGGGUUUGAAAUGACAGAAGAGGAUAUCAAUCGUUUGAUGACUGAAAUAGACAAAGAUCGAAAUGGAGCGAUUGAUUUCGAGGAAUUUCUUCACAUGAUGACAGCCAAGAUUGGAGAAAGGGACAGCAAAGAAGAACUUACGAGAGCUUUUCGCAUUCUUGACCAGGAUAACAAUGGGAGAAUUUCUGAUGUUGAUAUCCAGCGAGUUGCUAAUGAUUUGGGUGAGAAAUUUACACUUAGCGAGAUAAGAGAGAUGAUAGAAGCAGCAGACCUUAAUGGUGAUGGAGAAGUCGAUGCCGAGGAAUUUAUGAGGAUUAUGAAAAGGACAAGCUAUGGUUAUUAGACUAUUCUGUUGUGAAGUUUUUGAAUCUACCUUAUGGUUGUCCAACUGAAUCAGUCCUUGGGUUGAAGUUUGCAGAGUAACACUAAUCUAGAAUUCUGGGGUAUAAACAUACCGUGAACAUAUUAAUGCUGGUUGUAGAUACACCUGCUGUGUUUGAUGUCGCUCUUUGUGUCCUCAUGUAUCUGGUCAGUAUUUGGAUGUGUAGUAUUUGCAGUUGGAAAGGACAUUCCAUCUAAUUAGGCCAUAUUUUCACUAUGAA